AUGACCAACAGUCAUGUUGACUUCCUUGACCCAGAGGACCUCAUGAGCGAAACCCACCUUGAAUUCAGCAAAAAUGCUGCUCAGAUCUGCGCUUCGUACGAUGUAGGAGGCGGCGUCGCUCUUGGGGACUCAUUCGCAAUAUACUCCGUUGUCGCAUGGCCUCCAGACUGGAGUAGCAUCGAAGAGGAUGCCAAGCUCUAUGCAGAUCUUAAAGCAUCUGCCCUUGCUGUGUCUAAUGUUCUUCCUGUGUGGAUUACAUUAGAUCAGAACUCUCCCGUUGGCCUGAAGUCUUUACCAUGUUCACAUCGUCAAGGUCGCCCGCAUCCUCGGGACACCCUCCCAUGGUUCCUGAUCAAUGCCACAAGAUCUACCAAACACUGUGUUAUCGGACACGGCACUGCUAUGCAAUCUCUUUUAAUGAUUCUCCAGCGGCCAUGGUGUGUCCUUGAGCUUUGCUGCUGUGAUACUGCAACCGUGGCGGCGAUCCACGAAUUUACCAGCACAGCGUCAAAGAUCAACUCUACAACUUACAGUCCUGCUUUGAGGUUACUGUCGCAUGAGAUGGAUAACAGAUUUAAAGAUCAGCCUCAGACAUCCGAACGAUGGAAAUCGCUCUCGUCUGCACCCAUGCACCGCUGGGCCAGGAUUGAUUCAACUUGGUUUGGCGCGAGUGCCAUGUAUGUGGAAUUGUCCAGACAUAUCCUACGAUCCCACAAUGCAUUCUGGCUAGGUCUUGUUGUUGCUUGCUCCGUGUAUCUCGGUAUCGCUUUCUCGGAGUUAGUCCGGACCCUGUGCGAUACUACUUCGAAUCCUCUCGUGGUGAUGCAUCUACGACCUAUCAGCACAUUAUUCAAGAAGAAUGAUAUGUUUCGACAUCUAGACUCACUCAUUACUGGAAAACCACGGCUCAGAAAGUGUAAGAGUGAAAUUUCUCUUUGCUCAGAUCGAAAGACAGCAGUCGAGGCAUCUCUUUCACCAGGGCCAGACACCACCAUUUACCGGAACUGGUUGAUUGCACUAUAUAAGAAAAUCCUGAAUAGCAUGGGCGAUGGAGUACUUUGA